GUUCUAAGCAUGGACCAUGAAUUGGUGACAUUCAGGGAUGUGGUCAUCAACUUCUCUCAAGAGGAAUGGGAAUAUCUGGAUUCAGCUCAGAGGGACUUGUAUUGGGAUGUGAUGAUGGAGAACUAUAGCAACUUGGUCUCACUGGAUUUGGAGUCCAAGUAUGACACAAAGACUAGAAAGGACAUCACUGGUUCUCAGUGGAAAGUAACAGAAAGUAAAUUCAUUGGUCUUGAGAGCUCCAUUUUUAGAAAUGAAUGGCAAAGCAAAAGCAAGACUGAAGUACAAAGACCUGAAGUGGGAUAUUUCAGCCAAAUGAAAAUCAACUCUGAAAAAGUGUCCAAUUACAAACAUCAUAAGUCUCUUAUAUCACAUCAGAGAAUUCAUGAUAGCAAGAAGCCCCAUGCAUAUAAGGCAUAUGGGAAGGUCCUUAGCUGUGACUUAAAUUUUGAUGAAUAUGAGAGAAUACAUACUGGUGAGAAAACCUAUCAAUAUAAUGCAUAUUGGAAAACCUUUGGAGAUGACCCACAUACCCUACAACUGAAUAUACAUAGUGGUGUGAAACCUUGUAAAUAUAUGGAAUAUGAGAAUGCAUUUAGUUUUUAUGAAGACCUUAGUAGACAGAAAAUGCAUGAUGAUCAGAAGUGCUAUAAAUGUAAGGAAUAUGAAAGGACCAUUAGAAGAGUUGAAGAAAUAACUCCACUUCAAAUAAUUCAUGAUGGUGAGAAACCCUAUGAAUGCACUUUCUGUGGAAAAUCCUUUAGAGUGCAUGCACAACUUACUCGACACCAGAAAAUCCACACUGAUGAGAAACCUUACAAAUGUAUGGAAUGUGGCAAGGACUUUAGAUUCCAUUCACAGCUAACUGAACAUCAGAGAAUUCAUACUGGUGAAAAACCAUACAAAUGUAUACAGUGUGAGAAAGUCUUUAGAAUUAGUUCACAGCUUAUUGAACAUCAGAGAAUUCAUACAGGUGAGAAACCUUAUGCAUGUAAAGAAUGUGGGAAGACCUUUGGAGUCUGUAGAGAACUUGCUCGACAUCAGAGAAUUCAUACCGGAAAGAAACCCUAUGAAUGCAAGGCAUGUGGAAAGGUCUUUAGAAAUAGUUCAUCCCUGACUAGACAUCAGAGAAUUCAUACUGGUGAGAAACCCUAUAAAUGCAAGGAAUGUGGGAAAGCUUUUGGAGUAGGUAGUGAACUUACUCGACACCAGAGAAUUCACAGUGGUCAGAAACCUUAUGAAUGUAAAGAGUGUGGAAAGUUCUUUAGACUUACAUCAGCACUUAUUCAACAUCAGAGGAUUCACAGUGGUGAAAAACCUUAUGAAUGUAAAGUAUGUGGGAAGGCUUUCAGACAUAGUUCAGCCCUUACUGAACAUCAGAGAAUUCAUACUGGAGAGAAACCUUAUGAAUGCAAGGCAUGUGGGAAGGCCUUUAGACAUAGUUCAUCCUUUACAAAACAUCAGAGAAUUCAUACUGGUAAGAAACCCUAUGAAUGUAAGGAAUGUCUCAGUGCCUUUAGCCAAAAUACACAUUCUUCUCAACAUGACCAGAUUCAUAGUAGAGAGAAACCUCAUGAAUGCAAUGAAUGUGGAAAAACCUUUAGCCUGAAGCAAAACCUUAUAGAGCAUAAGAAAAUGCAUACUGGAGAAAAAUCACAUGAAUGUACUGAAUGUGGUAAAGUAUUCUCUCGAGUCUCAUCCCUUACUCUACAUUUGAGAAGUCAUACAGGAAAGAAACCAUAUAAAUGUAAUAAAUGUGGAAAAGCCUUCAAUGGCAAAUCAUAUCUCACGGAGCAUGAGAAAAUUCAUACGGGAGAGAAACCAUUUGAAUGUAAUCAAUGUGGAAGAGCCUUCAGCCAGAAGCAAUACCUCAUUAAACAUCAGAAUAUCCACAGUGGAAAGAAACCCUUUAAAUGUAAUGAAUGUGGAAAAGCCUUUAGCCAGAAGGAAAACCUAAUUAUCCAUCAAAGAAUACAUACUGGAGAGAAACCUUAUGAAUGCAAAGGAUGUGGGAAAGCUUUCAUUCAGAAGUCAAGCCUCAUUAGACACCAGAGAAGUCAUACAGGAGAGAAACCCUAUAUAUGUAAAGAAUGUGGGAAAGCCUUCAGUGGCAAAUCAAAUCUCACUGAGCAUGAGAAAAUUCAUAUUGGAGAAAAACCCUAUAAAUGUAAUGAAUGUGGAACAAUCUUUAGGCAGAAGCAAUACCUCAUUAAACACCACAAUAUUCAUACAGGAGAGAAACCCUAUGAAUGUAAUAAAUGUGGAAAAGCCUUCUCUCGAAUCACAUCACUCAUUGUACAUGUGAGAAUUCAUACGGGUGAUAAACCUUAUGAAUGUAAAAUAUGUGGGAAGGCCUUCUGUCAAAGCUCAUCUCUUACUGUUCAUAUGAGAAGCCAUACAGGUGAGAAGCCCUAUGGUUGUAAUGAAUGUGGGAAAGCCUUCUCUCAGUUCUCAACUCUUGCUCUACACAUGAGAAUCCAUACUGGAGAAAAACCUUAUCAGUGUAGUGAAUGUGGGAAAGCUUUUAGCCAGAAGUCACAACUUAGUACACAUCAGAUAAUUCAUACCAUUGAGAAACCCUAUGAAUGUAAGGAAUGUGGAAAGGCCUUUAGACAUCCCUCAAGACUCAGUCAUCAUCAGAAAAUUCAUACUGGCAAGAAACCCUUUGAAUGUAAGGAAUGUGGGAAAACAUUUAUUUGUGGUUCAGACCUUACUCGACAUCACAGAAUUCACACUGGUGAGAAACCCUAUGAAUGUAAGGAAUGUGGAAAGGCCUUUAGCAGUGGCUCAAACUUCACUCGACAUCAGAGAAUUCACACUGGUGAAAAGCCCUAUGAAUGUAAAGAAUGUGGGAAGGCUUUUAGUAGUGGCUCAAACUUUACUCAACAUCAGAGAAUUCAUACAGGGGAGAAACCCUAUGAAUGUAAAGAAUGUGGCAAUGCCUUUAGUCAGAGCUCACAACUUAUUAAACAUCAGAGAAUUCAUACAGGUGAGAAACCCUAUGAAUGUAAGGAAUGUGAAAAGGCUUUUCGUUCUGGUUCAGACCUUACUCGACAUCAGAGAAUUCAUACUGGUGAGAAGCCCUAUGAAUGUAAGAUAUGUGGGAAAGCCUACUCUCAGAGUUCACAACUUCUUAGUCAUCAUAGAAUUCAUAGUGGUGAGAAACCCUAUGAAUAUAGGGAAUGUGGAAAGACCUUUAAUUAUGGCUCACAACUUAUUCAACAUCAAAAUUUACUUCAUUUUGUGGAGAAACCCUAUGAAUGUAAAGAAUGUGGGAAAACCUUUAGAGUACGCCAACAGCUUACUUUCCAUCAUAGAAUUCAUACUGGUGAAAAACCCUAUGAAUGCAAGGAAUGCGGAAUGGCCUUUAGACAGACUGCACAUCUUACUCGACAUCAGAGACUUCAUUCUGGUGAAAAGCUCUAUGAAUGUAAGGAAUGUGGAGAAUCUUUCAUAUGUGGCCCAGACCUCAGAGUACAUCAGAAAAUUCAUAUUGGUGAGAAGCCCUAUGAAUGUAAAGAAUGUGGGAAGGCCUUCAGAGUGCGUGGACAACUUACUCUCCAUCAGAGGAUUCAUACUGGUGAGAAACCCUAUGUAUGUACAGAAUGUGGAAAGGCCUUUAGACAGUAUGCACACCUUACUCGACAUCAGAAGCUUAAUAUUGCUGACAAACUCUACGAAUGUAAAGAAUGUGGGAAGGCCUUUUUGUGUGGCUCUGGCCUUAGAGUACAUCACAAACUUCAUACUGGUGAGAAACCCUAUGAAUGUAAGGAAUGUGGGAAGGCCUUUAGAGUGAGACAACAACUAACACUCCACCAGAGAAUUCAUACUGGUGAGAAACCCUAUGAAUGUAAGGAAUGUGGAAAGACCUUUAGUCGUGGUUAUCAUCUUAUUCUUCAUCACAGAAUUCACACUGGUGAGAAGCCUUAUGAAUGUAAGGAAUGUUGGAAGGCCUUUAGUCGUUACUCACAACUUAUUUCACACCAAAGUAUCCAUAUUGGUGUUAAACCCUAUGACUGCAAGGAAUGCGGGAAGGCUUUUAGAUUACUCUCACAACUUACACAACAUCAGAGUAUUCAUGUUGGUGAGAAACCCUAUAAAUGUAAGGAAUGUGGGAAGGCCUUUAGAUUGCGCCAAAAGCUUACUCUACAUCAGAGUAUUCAUACUGGUGAAAAACCUUUUGAAUGUAAGGAAUGUAGGAAGGCUUUUAGACUUAAUUCAUCCCUUAUUCAACAUCUGAGGAUUCAUUCUGGUGAGAAACCCUAUGAAUGUAAAGAAUGUAAGAAGGCCUUUAGACAACAUUCACACCUUACCCAUCAUCUGAAAAUUCAUAAUAGAGUUCAUAAUGGAGAAAAGUUGUAUGAAUGUAAGGAAUGUAGGAAGACCUUUAUUCGUCGCUCAACACUUAGUCAACACCUGAGAAUUCAUACUGGUGAGAAACCUUAUAAAUGUAAGGAAUGUGGGCAGGCAUUUAGACAGCGUGCGCACCUUAUUCGACAUCACAAACUUCAUACCGGUGAGAAGCCCUAUGAAUGUAAGGAAUGUGGGAAGGCCUUUACAGUGCUCCAAGAACUUACUCAACAUCAGAGACUUCAUACUGGUGAAAAGCCCUAUGAAUGUAAGGAGUGUGGAAAGGCCUUCAGAGUGCAUCAGCAACUUGCUCGACAUCAGAGAAUUCACACUGGUGAGAAACCCUAUGAAUGUAAGGCAUGUGGGAAGACCUUUAGGCAGUGUACACACCUUACUCGACAUCAGAGACUUCAUACUGCUGAGAAGCUCUAUGAAUGUAAGGAAUGUGGGAAAGCCUUUGUAUGUGGUCCAGACCUUAGAGUACAUCAGAAAAUUCAUUUUGGUGAGAAACCUUAUGAAUGUAAGGAAUGUGGAAAGGCUUUUAGAAUAUGCCAACAACUUACUGUCCAUCAGAGUAUUCAUACUGGUGAGAAACCCUAUGAAUGUAAGGAAUGCGGGAAGACUUUUAGACUAAGGCAGCAACUUGUUCGCCAUCAGAGAAUCCAUACUCGUGAGAAACCCUAUGAAUGUAUGGAAUGCUGGAAGACCUUUAGUAGUUACUCACAACUUAUUUCACAUCAGAGCAUUCAUAUUGGUGAGAGACCUUAUGAAUGUGAAGAAUGUGGGAAGGCUUUUAGAUUGCUCUCACAACUUACCCAACAUCAGAGUAUUCAUACUGGUGAGAAACCUUAUGAAUGUAAGGAAUGCAGAAAACCUUUUAGACUGCUGUCACAACUUACUCAGCAUCAGAGUAUUCAUACUGGUGAGAAACCUUAUGAAUGUAAGGAAUGUGGUAAGGCUUUCAGACUUUAUUCAUUCCUUACUCAGCACCAGAGAAUUCAUACUGGAGAGAAACCCUACAAAUGUAAGGAAUGUAAGAAGGCCUUUAAUCAGAACUCACAAUUUAUUCAACAUCAGAGAACUCAUUCUGCUGAAAAAAGCUAUGAAUGUAAGGAGUGUGGGAAGUCCUUUAGCCGUGGCUCACUUGUUACUCGACAUCAGAGGAUUCACACUGGUGAAAAACCCUAUGAAUGUAAGGAAUGUGGCAAGGCUUUUAGUUGUAGUUCAUAUUUUUCUCAACAUCAGAGGAUUCACACUGGUGAGAAACCCUAUGAAUGUAAGGAAUGUGGAAAAGCCUUUAAUUAUUGCUCAAAUCUCAAUGAUCAUCAGAGAAUUCACACUGGUGAGAAACCCUAUGAAUGUAAAGUAUGUGGAAAAGCCUUUACUAAGAGUUCUCAACUUUUUCCACAUCUGAGAAUUCAUACUGGUGAGAAACCUUAUGAAUGUAAGGAAUGUGGGAAAGCCUUUACUCAACACUCAAGGCUUAUUCAACAUCAAAGAAUGCAUACUGGUGAGAAACCUUAUGAAUGUAAGGAAUGUGGGAAGGCCUUUAGUAGUGCCUCAACACUUACUAACCAUCACAGAAUUCAUGCAGGCAAGAAACUCUAUGAAUGUAAGGAAUGUGGAAAGUCCUUUAUUCAGAGCUCAGAACUUAUUCAACAUCAGAGAAUCCAUACAGAUGAAAAACCUUAUGAAUGUAAUGAAUGUGGGAGGGCUUUUAAUAAAGGCUCAAACCUUACUAGACAUCAAAGAAUUCACACUGGUGAGAAACCCUAUGACUGUAAGGAAUGUGGAAAGGCCUUUGGUAGUCGCUCUGACCUUAUUCGUCAUGAAGGAAUUCAUACUGGAGAGAAACCCUACGAAUGUGGGGACUGUGGGAAGGCCUUUAGAGUGCGCCAACAACUUACUUUCCAUCAGAGAAUUCACACUGGUGAAAAACCCUAUGAAUGUAAAGAAUGUGGAAAAGCCUUUAGACAGUGUGCCCACCUUAGUCGACAUCAGAGAAUUCAUACUUCUGACAAACUCCUCGAAUGUAAAAAAUGUGGAAAGAUCUUUACAUGUGGUGCAGAUCUUCGAGUACAUCAGAGAACUCAUAUUGGUGAGAAGCCCUAUGAAUGUAAGGAAUGUGGGAAGGCCUUUAGAGUGCGAGGACAACUUAAUCUCCAUCAAAGGAUUCAUACUGGUGAGAAACCCUAUGAAUGUAAGGAAUGUGGGAAGACCUUUAGACAGUAUGCACACCUUACACGACAUCAGAGACUUAAUAUUGCUGAGAAGUGCUAUGAAUGUAAGGACUGUGGGCAGGCUUUUUUGUGUAGUACAGGCCUCAGAGUACAUCACAAACUUCAUACUGGUGAAAAACCCUAUGAAUGUAAGGAAUGUGGAAAGGCCUUCAGAGUGAGACAACAACUCACUCUCCAUCAGAGAAUCCAUACUGGUGAGAAACCCUAUGAUUGUAAAGAAUGUGGGAAGACCUUUAGUCGUGGUUAUCAUCUGACCCUCCAUCAGAGAAUUCAUACUGGUGAGAAACCUUAUGAAUGUAAGGAAUGUCAAAAGUUCUUCCGUCGUUACUCAGAACUUAUUUCACAUCAGGGUAUUCAUAUUGGAGAGAAACCCUAUGAUUGUAAGGAAUGUGGGAAGACCUUUAGACUGUUCUCACAACUUACUCAACAUCAGAGUAUUCAUUUUGGUGAGAAACCUUAUAAAUGUAAGGAAUGUGAGAAGACUUUUAGACUGCUAUCACAACUUACUCAACAUCAGAGUAUUCAUACUGGUGAGAAACCCUAUGACUGUAAGGAAUGUGGAAAGGCCUUUAGACUUCAUUCAUCCCUUAUUCAACAUCAGAGAAUUCAUUCUGGUGAAAAACCGUACAAAUGUAAGGAAUGUAAAAAAGCAUUUAGACAACAUUCCCAUCUUACCUACCAUCAGCGAAUUCAUAAUAAUGGUGAAAAGCCUUAUGAAUGUAUGGAAUGUGGGAAGGCUUUUGGCCGUAGUUCUGAUCUGCUUCAACAUCAGAAAAUUCAUACUAAUGAAAAACCUUACCAGUGUAAGGCAUGUGGGAAGGCUUUUAUUCGCGGUUCACAGCUCACUGAACAUCAGAGAGUUCAUACAGGAGAGAAACCAUAUGAAUGUGAGAAAUGUGGAAAAGCCUUUAGUUAUUGUUCACAGUAUACUCUACAUCAGAGAAUUCAUAGUGGUGAAAAACCCUAUGAAUGUAAGGAAUGUGGGAAGUCCUUUAUCCUUGGCUCUCAACUCACUUACCAUCAGAGAAUUCAUAGUGGUGAGAAACCCUAUGAGUGUAAGGAAUGUGGAAAGGCCUUUAUUCUUGGUUCACACCUUACUUAUCAUCAAAGAGUUCAUACUGGUGAAAAGCCUUACAGAUGUAAAGAAUGUGGGAAGGCCUUUUUAUGUGCCUCCCAACUUAAUGAACAUCAGAGAAUCCAUACAGGUGAAAAACCCUAUGAAUGUAAAGAAUGUGGGAAGGCCUUUUUUCGUGGCUCACAACUAACUUACCAUCUGAGAGUUCAUACAGGUGAGAGACCCUAUAAAUGCAAAGACUGUGGGAAAGCCUUUAUUUCUAAUUCUAAUCUUUCUCAACAUCAGAGAAUUCAUACAGGUGAAAAACCCUAUGAAUGUAAGCAAUGUGGGAAGGCCUUUAUUCGUGGCUCACAUCUUACUGAACAUCUAAGAACUCAUUCCGGUGAGAAACCCUAUGAAUGUAAGGAAUGUGGGAAGGCCUUUAGUCGUGGCUCAGAACUUACUCUACAUCAAAGGAUCCAUACUGGUCAGAAACCUUAUGAAUGUAAAGAAUGUGGCAAGGCCUUUGGUAGUGGUGCAAACCUUGCUUACCAUCAAAGAAUUCAUACUGGGGAGAAGCCUUAUGAAUGUAGUGAAUGUGGAAAGGCCUUUGGUAGUGGCUCAAACCUUACUCAUCAUCAGAGAAUUCAUACUGGUGAGAAACCAUAUGAAUGUAAAGAAUGCGGGAAAGCCUUUAGUUUUGGAUCAGGCCUUAUUCGACAUCAGAUAAUUCACAGUGGUGAAAAGCCUUAUGAGUGUAAGGAAUGUGGGAAGUCCUUUAGUUUUGAAUCAGCCCUUACUCGGCAUCACAGAAUUCAUACAGGUGAGAAACCUUAUGAAUGUAAGGAUUGUGGGAAGGCCUUUGGCAGUGGUUCAAACCUUACUCAACAUCGAAGGAUUCAUACUGGUGAGAAACCUUAUGAAUGUAAAGCAUGUGGAAUGGCUUUUAGUAGUGGUUCGGCCCUUACUCGGCAUCAGAGAAUUCAUACUGGUGAAAAACCAUAUAUAUGUAAUGAAUGUGGGAAGGCUUUUAGUUUUGGAUCAGCCCUUACUCGACAUCAAAGAAUUCACACUGGUGAGAAACCUUAUGUAUGUAAGGAAUGUGGGAAGGCUUUUAAUAGUGGCUCAGAUCUCACUCAGCAUCAGAGAAUUCACACUGGUGAGAAACCCUAUGAGUGUAAGGAUUGUGAGAAGGCCUUUAGAAGUGGUUCAAAACUUAUUCAGCAUCAAAGAAUGCACACUGGUGAGAAACCCUAUGAGUGUAAGGAAUGUGGGAAGGCCUUUAGUAGUUGUUCAGACCUUACUCAACAUCAGAGAAUUCAUACUGGUGAGAAACCUUAUGAAUGUAAAGAAUGUGGCAAGGCCUUUGGUAGUGGCUCAAAACUUAUCCAACACCAGCUAAUUCACACUGGUGAAAAACCGUAUGAAUGUAAAGAAUGUGGAAAGUCCUUCAGUAGUGGUUCAGCUCUUAACCGGCACCAGAGAAUACACACUGGUGAAAAACCCUAUGAAUGUAAGGAAUGUGGAAAGGCUUUUGGGAGGAGUUCAGAGAUUCAGCAACAUAAAAAAAGUCAUACUGGUGAGUAGCUCUGUGAAUUGGAAAUUUAUGUUAGAAUUAUGUGGUUAA